AUGUUAUAUUUAAAUAAUUUGGUCUUUCAAAAAUCGGAACAAGUAAAAAAUCUGACCACAUGGGUGAAGACCCGCACUUCUGAAUGGGAAAAUAACUUCUCCAUCCCGCUACCACAUCCACCACGCCAGUUCUCGCAACGGAGCCCCCAAAUUGAUUCAACUGUCAAGAAAGUGGAGGCCAAACUCGCAGAUGGCGACAUUCGAGGAGCAAUUCGUCUUGCCUGCUCUGAUGACACCAUAGCCCCAAACGACGAUGACACUCUAAGCGUCCUCCGUGAGAAGCACCCGGUACACCCAGAGCCCACAAACUAUCCACAACCACUAGCGGAUGACUCCGUGAUUGAAGCAGUACACGUUCCUGAAGUAGCUAAGGCCGUAUCCACUUUCCCCCCAGGUUCGGCAGGAGGACUCGAUGGUUUGAGACCCCAAAUUCUAAAGGACCUACUCAGCUGCAAUCAGGGGGAGACAGGAGAACACCUCGCCCAAGCAAUCACAGAUUUCUUCAACCAUGUGAUUGCUGGAAAAGUCCCUGCAAAGCUGUGCCCAAUAUUAUACGGAGCAUCUCUCACGGCGCUGAGGAAGAAGACUGGGGGUAUCAGACCCAUCGCGGUGGGAAAUACGUGGCGCCGACUCGCCGCCAAGGUCAUCCUCGCUAAGAUUACCCCCCAACUUAUCGACCACUUUUCACCUCAUCAGUUAGGCGUUGGAAUAAAAGGUGGCGCUGAGACCGGUGCCCAUGCCGCCCGUGUAUACUACAACUACCCUCACCACACCCCCAAAGCAUUCCUUAAAAUUGAUUUUAGGAACGCAUUUAAUGAAGUGAGAAGAGACACUCUACUGCACACUGUUCGUGAUAAUUUUCCAUCAAUCUUCCCGUUCGUGUCCCAAUGCUACGCUAACCCGUCAUCACUUUUCUUCGGGACAACAUCUCUCCCUUCGCUUCUGGGUUGUCAUCAGGGCGACCCUUUGGGCCCUUCUCUGUUUUCUUUGGUCAUCCACCCCAUAAUCAAGACUUUGGACACAGAGCUAAACGCAUGGUAUCUCGACGACGGGACUAUCGCAGACACCCCGGAAACGGUACUAGCAGCCCUUGAGAAAGUUUCCAGAAUGGGUGAAGAAGUGGGGCUUUAUCUCAACCACAACAAGUAUGAGGUUGGAGUAUUGGGGGCGGACGACGACACCAUCACCCAGAUUUUUCAAGAAUUUCAAAAUUUUGCCCCAGGAAUCCAACUGAUAACUAGAGAAAAUGCAACAUUAUUAGGUUCUCCUCUUACCAACGAAGCCAUGGAGGCGGUUUUGGCUGCCAAAACGGAGCAAUUGGCAACUUUCUCCAAACGUCUCAAGAAAAUAUCUGCCCACUCAGCUUUCUUCCUCCUCCGAGCUUCUAUCUCCAUACCUCGUUUAAUAUACUUUCUCCGAUGCUCACCGUCGUGGAGAAAAAUGGAGGCCCUCGCUCUCUAUGACGCUACACUCAAGGACGCCCUGGAGGGGAUCCUUAACUGCUCACUCUCGGAGGCUGCAUGGAUGCAGUCCUCUCUACCCGUGAAAGAAGGUGGCCUUGGGGUCAGACAUGCUGAAGAUGUAGCGAUACCGUGCUUUCUUUCGUCAGUCUACAGCACCCAACCCCUAAUGGAACAAAUUCUUCCGGUUUACCUACAUGGUUCCGAUGCCGCCAUUGCGGAAGGAGAGGAACGAUGGACUUCUCUUGGCCCAACUAAUCUUCCUCCCAACACAGUGAGAGGAUUACAGACAGCAUGGGAGCGCCCCAUCAUCGACAUCACAGUGUCCCACUUAGUCGUCGCCGCAGCCACGUCUGAAGAUACGGCUCGCCUAUGUGCUCUUCGCGACAAAUAUGCAGGAAUAUGGCUCAACGCUCUCCCAUCUCCUCAAAUCGGCACCCUUCUCUCGAACGAGGCAUUUCGCAUCGCAAUUUCCCUCCGUUUAGGUUGCGAUGUUUGUCAACCCCACACUUGCCCGUGUGGAGCGCAAGUCAGUUCACGAGGAUAUCAUGGUUUAUCCUGCCGACGAAGUGCUGGUCGGUGGUCUCGCCACGCAGCCGCUAACGACGUAAUCGCGAGGGCGCUUCGAUCAGCUGAUGUUCCCUGCAUCCUUGAACCACCCGGAUGUUCACACCAAGACGGAAAGCAUCCAGACGGGAUGACUCUCGUUCCGUGGGCAAGAGGAAGAUCCCUUGUGUGGGAUUUUACCUGCGCUGACACCUUCGCACCUAGUUAUCUCCCCGAGACAGUCCGCCACCAAGGAGCAGCAGCAACAAAGGCAGAAGAUAGAAAGAAAAAAUUGUACGCCUUUCUCCUGGACCGAUUAAUCUUUAUGCCCGUUGCAAUUGAGACGACAGGUACAUGGGGUCAGGAGGGCUUAUCCUUCAUUAAAGAGAUUGGACAACGGAUCGCUACCGCGACUGGAGAACCACGCUCCACAACUUUUCUCCUCCAGCGACUCGGCAUUACAGUUCAACGUGGAAAUGUAGCUUCAAUCCUGGGGACACUUCCACCAGGAAAAAAGUUUAAUGAAGUUUAUUAUAUCUAA